UCCAACCCAGCUAAGAAAGGAUUUAUACAUUUAAUUACAUUGCCUGUUAGCGAAGAGAUUAAAAGGAGAACAAUUAAAGAUAAUCUAGGAAACGUGUUACGUAUUUUUCUUCUUAAUAAUUAUGAUUAAUCCGUAAUAAAUGUAAUUAAAAAUUGUUUUAACGUUAAAUUUCUGUGACGUUCUGGCAAGUUUAAUCCAUCCUGUUAAGUUAUUUUAAUUAAAAUUAACGGAAAAAAAGAGAGUGAGAGAAUUUUUACCUUAUCUGGCAGUUUAAAUUUAAAUUUUUCUUGUGAGAAAUAACGGCCGAAGAAAUUUAAACCCGUAAAUAAACCCGAUUGGUCGUAUGUCAGUUUCUCAGAUUUGAAUAAUCCGUCGCCAUUGGUUUAUCAUUUAUUCCUUAUUUACGCCUCUUUUUCUUUUUGUUCUAAAGCAACUGAAAAAUAGAACUAUUUUAUUUAUAACAUUUUUAAAUAUAAAAAUUGAUUUCUAUAUUUAAUUAAAUACCGUCCCACACGACCGAUGUUAGGCGCAAAACGUUUACGCAGCUUUUCUUACUGAGCAACGUGAUGUCACAGAUGUUUACCACGUGAGAAUGUCAACGUUUAUAAAGCUAAAUAACAUCAUCUUCGGAUAGACAAACAGAAAACAACUUUCGAACUAAAAAUGCUUUUCGUCCUCUUAUUCUUCUGCCUGAAUCUAUCGACUGCUGUUCCUCUAGCAUUGGGAAGACGUUCGAAAUCUCUGUUAGACGCAUCGAAUUUCCUUCAAUUACCGAAAACGUCCAAGGAAUAUUAUCCCGAAAAAUCGAGAGAAAGCCAGAAAACUUCGAAAGAAUAUAGGAAUACAAAGGAACAUUUACGAAUUCUAGAAAAGAGAGAGUUUAAGGAUGAUCUGAACACGUCUACCGAACUUAUGGAUCCCUAUUUUGGAAUUCUAGCACUUAGCAAUCUCCACCAGUUUUUCAGCAACUUAAGGGGAGAAUUUGAAGAUUCAUCUAGAAUAGUAAAACAGGACGACGACAAAAGCAAUUAUCAGUAUCACACGGACAAGAGUUACACCAUUUUCACAGGCACCGACAAUAAUAAAUAUAAUCCGGGAUGGAUGAUGUUGGGGCUUGGAAAAUAAAUCUUUGAUGCUUCCCUUUAUUUAUUUAUUUAUUUAAAUCAAUUUAUUUCCUUUACUAAAAUAGUUUCAAUUUCUGUAACAUUAAUUAUUGAAGUUGAAAUGUUAAGUAAAUUCAUUUUUAAAUUAUCAAUAGGAUGAUCUCAUAAUGACAUAGGAGUCAGCUUUCUGAAUAAUGAUACAGGUAAAUGAUUAUACAUAAUUACCAAACUGGAGUGAUUAUAUAUAUCAUGUUACAUUAUUUAUUC